AUGGCGGCGGCGGCCCAGGAGCCGAGUCGGGGGUAGUACUGGGACGAGGAGGAGGAGGAGGAGGAGCCAGAGCAGUUGGUUCUGGUGGAAUUAUCAGGAAUUACUGAUUCAGACUUUCUCUCAAAAUGUGAAAAUAAAUGCAAGAUUUGGGGAAUUGAUACUGAGAAGCCCAUUCUGCAAAUGGACAGCUAUGUCUUUGCUGGAGAGUAUGAAGACACUCUUGGGACCUGUGUUAUAUUUGAAGAAAAUGUUGAACAUGUGGAUGCAGAAGGCAGUAAUAAAACAGUGCUAAAAUAUAAAUGCCACACAAUGAAGAAGCUCAGCAUGACAAGAACUCUUCUGACAGAAAAGAAGGAAGGAGAAGAAAACAUAGGUGGUGUGGAAUGGCUGCAAAUCAAGGAAAAUGAUUUCUCCUGUAGACCCAACAUGAUUUGUAGUUUUCUGCAUGAAAAUGAAGAGGAUGAAGCUAUAGCUCCAGACCCAGAUAAAUCUUUGGAGUUGGAAGAGCAAGAGAUUCAAAUGAAAGAUAAUUCAAACCUGAGUUAUGAACAGGAGAAACCACCGAACUUGGAUAUAGAGGAUUCUGGUCCUCUUAUUGAUAUCCCUUCUUCUGAGACAGAAGGCUCUGUUUUUAUGGAAACUCAAGAAACUGCCUUAGAAAUCACUCCUAGAUGA